CAACGGCGUCUCGUGUGGUCUCUGGGUCGUCCUCGUCCCAAUUGGAAUCGAGAAUUAGGGUAAUAGUAAUAGUAAUUGGAAUAUAAUUAUCCGAUCCAACUAGAUCCAUUUAAUCUCUUGUCAAUUCAUUCACCGAUAAUAUAUCAGAUCUGUGUUUUCUCUUUCCUUUUUGUGUUGAAUUUGACUGUUUUGUUUGUUAAAUUUGAAUUGAGAGAGAUUGAGAGAGAGAGAUAGAGAGAGAAAAGAGAACAGAGAGAGAGAAUGAGCGAGAAAGAAGAAGAGCGUGGUGGUGUUGUUUCGAAGAAGGUUGAAGACAUAGAUGUAGAGGAAGGUGAGAUAUCGGAUUCGUGUUCGGUGGAGGAGAUUAGUGAGAAGGACUUCUCGAAAGGCGACGCCGAUGAAGAGAAGAAGAAGAAAGAUAAGGAAGGUGCUGCUGCGGCUGCUGCUGCUAAUCCGUCAUCUAGGGUUUGGACUAUGCAGGAUCUUUACAAGUAUCAGAAUAAUUAUCAUAAUCAGACUAGUAGUAAUUACAAGAUAUCCAAUGGUUAUGCUUCCGGUCUCUAUAAUAUCGCCUGGGCUCAGGCUGUUAACAAUAAGCCUCUUGAUCACUAUUUGGUUUCCAGUUUUAGGAACAUUAGUUCCGAUGAUGACGAUAAUGCCAGUAAUAAUAAGAAUAAUAACAACUCCCAUGCUUCCCUUGAUCGGAAUGGUACUGCGAAAGAGGGUGCCAAGGUUGUCAUUCAGGUUGAUGAUGACGAUGAUGAGAUGGAGGAGGGGGAACUGGAGGAAGGUGAGAUUGACUUAGAUUCUGAGCUUGAGCCUGCUUCUUUGAACAAUGAUCAAUUAGUAGCUGCUAAUAAUGUGGAGUCUGCUUUGAAUGAUGAUCGUGUUAAUUGUGAUGCUGCGCUGCUGGAGAAGCAGCUUCAUUUAAUUUCCCGCGAUCUAGAGGCUCUGGCUUUAAAUGAUGGAGACAAAUCAUACUCUGAAGUCUGUUCCAGACUACAAAACUUGUUGGACAGCUUAAGGAAUCUCCACUCGGAUGAUUCUGUAUCUCAGAAGGAUGCCUUAAUUUACAAAGCAUUUGCUGUAAUUCAAAGUGUCAAGCAAGCGUUCCUCUCCAUGAGCCAAAACCUGAAGGAGCAGAAUAAAGACGUAUUAUCAAGGUUGUUUGCUCAUAUAACUAAUCAAAAGCCUUCUAUUUUUUCUUCGGAGCAGAUGACAGAGAUUGAGGCUAUAAUUUCAUCUCUGGCUUCUGUUAUGCCUUUAAGUGUCAGAGUCACUGUUACUGGCGAAGAGAUACAAUUUGAUACAAUUCAGUCAGUGGAACAUAGGGAGUCUAAUGUUUCUGCACUUAAUGCCAGUGAAAAUUCGAUUUCUUUAAAGAAGUGUGUACUAGAAUCCAUGCCUGUAGAUUCUCCAUAUCAAAAUGAUUUCCACAUGUUGGAUAUGUCAAGGACAGGGGUAGCUAGUUUUAAGAGCAGAGGAGCAAUGCUCCCUUUGCUAGAUCUUCAUAAGGAUCAUGAUGCAGACAGUCUCCCCUCACCUACAAGAGAGACCCCACCAUUGUUUUCCUCAGAAAAGGCACCUUCUUAUGGCAAUGGAAAAUUGAGACCAGAUUGGCCUGUUCCAAGACCAGUUGUCGAUACACAAACUCCUGUAGUGCAGUCUUAUGGAACCGAUGCCCUUAAAGCUUUUUCUACUUAUCAACAGAAAUUUGGUCGAAACUCAUUUCUUGUGACUAACAGGCUUCCAAGCCCAACCCCUUCAGACGAGAGUGACACUGGAGACGGGGAUACUGGUGAGGAGAUUUCAAGCUCUUCACCUCUGCCAAAUGUUGUUAAUGCAUCAACUUUAGCACAAACUAUUAAUUCUAUUCCUCAAAUGGACAAUUCCAGAAGACAAGGUGUAAUGAACCCUAGUAAUGCUAUUCCUUUGGAUCGUGUGACUAAUUCUGCGGUCAGAAGUUUAGCAAAAAGUAGAGAUCCCCGUCUCCGUCUUGCCAAUUCAAAUGUUACUUCUAUGGAUCUCAAUCGACAGAAUAUACCAUUUCCAAAUACUGGAUCUGUAGUAGUUCCCCCAGGCUUAGUGACAAAUGCAAGAAAACAGAAGAUUGUUCAAGAGUCGACUUUGGAUGGUCCUGCAUUGAAAAGGCAGAAAUAUGAGAUGUCAGAUUCUCGAGCCAGUGGUUUUGUAGAAUCCCUCUCAGGAUAUGGUGGUUGGUUAGAAGACAGAGGUACAGCUGGAUUGCAUGUUACAGGUACUGCCUGCUUGGUUGAUGAUAAAGGAAGUCAGCCUAGGAAUAUUGAGAAUUCAUUGGUGUCUUCUGGGAAUGUUAGCAGUACACUCAGUGGCACAGGCAUGGAACCCCAGCACACCCCAGUAAUGGGGGGAAAUGCCACAGCAUCCUUAAAUUCUUUGCUAAAGGAUAUCGCUGUAAAUCCAACUUUAUGGAUGAAUAUAUUUCAAGUGAACAAACAGAAGAAUGUUGAUCCUGCCAAAGUAACAAGUCAACCUUUAGGCUCCGACUCUGUGUUAGGAUCACUUCCGAGCAUUAACACUGCUGUAUCGAUAAUUCCCAUGCCUGAACAGAGAUCAGCUGGAGUGCUCCAGGCUCCGCAAACAACUUCAUCAGAUGAGUUUGGGAAACUUCGUAUGAAACCUCGUGACCCUCGCCGUGUUCUUCAAAAUAAUGUAUCUCAUAAGAUUGGGAAUUUGGAGUCUGGUCAGGCUACAUCAAAAGUAUCAACCACCCAAGAUAUGGUUAACCAGAAUGUCCAGAAACCAGAUCAACUGAAGUCUAUGUCCACCCAGUCCACCGAAGCACCCGAUAUUGCUAAGCUAUUCACCAAAAAUUUGAAAAAUAUUGCUGAUAUCAUGUCUGUGUCCCAAACAAGUACAUCUCCAGCAGCAGCUUCUCAGAUUCCUUCAUCACUACCAGUACAAGUUCAUCCAAGUUUGGUGAGUUCAAAAGGAGUAUUAAGUCACUUGACUGGUGAGAGUGACUUACCAUCAGAAGCAGUUACUGCUGGCCCUUUUCAAUCUCAGAACAAGUGGAGAGAGGUUGAGCAUUUAUUUCAGGGAUUUGAUGAUAAGCAAAAGGCUGAUAUACAGAAGGAAAGGACAAGGAGGCUUGAAGAACAGAACAAAAUGUUUUCCGCUCGUAAGCUCUGCCUUGUCUUGGAUCUUGAUCACACUCUCCUGAAUUCUGCAAAGUUUGCUGAAAUAGACCCUGUACAUGAAGAGAUUUUGAGGAAGAAAGAGGCAGAGGAUCGUGAAAAACCACAUAGGCAUCUUUUCCGAUUUCCUCACAUGGGAAUGUGGACCAAAUUACGUCCGGGGGUCUGGAACUUCUUAGAGAAGGCUAGUAAGCUUUUCGAGAUGCAUCUCUAUACUAUGGGAAACAAGCUGUAUGCCACAGAGAUGGCGAAAGUGCUUGAUCCUAAAGGAGUGCUGUUUGCUGGUAGAGUUAUUUCUAAGGGUGAUUAUGGGGAUAUUUCUGAUGGGGAUGACAGGGUUCAUAAGACUAAAGAUUUGGAGGGGGUUUUGGGUAUGGAGUCGGCUGUUGUAAUUAUAGACGAUUCAGUAAGGGUUUGGCCACACCAUAAACUUAAUUUAAUUGCCGUGGAGAGAUACAUAUAUUUUCCUUGUAGUAGACGUCAAUUUGGGCUUUCAGGCAAUUCCUUACUUGAAAUUGAUCACGAUGAAAGGCCAGAGAGUGGGACUCUCGCAUCUUCUUUGGGGGUGAUUGAGAGAAUACAUCAGAAUUUUUUCUCAAGUAAAUCAUUGGAUGAAGCUGAUGUUAGAAACAUACUUGCUGCAGAGCAACGCAAAAUUUUAGAUGGUUGCUGUAUACUUUUCAGCGGGGUGUUUCCGCUUGGUGAAGCCAAUCCUCAUAUGCACCCAUUGUGGCAGAUGGCUGAGCAAUUUGGUGCUGUGUGCACAACUCAGAUGGAUGAACAUGUAACCCAUGUUGUUGCAUUAUUAACAGGGACUGGCAAGGUGACAUGGGCUUUAAACACAGGAAAAUUUGUUGUAAAUCCUGGCUGGCUGGAAGCUUCAACUUUGCUGUACCGGAGAGCUGAUGAACAAAAAUUUGCCAUCAAACCGUAACAAAUUACCAAUGGGUUUUUCCUUCUGUUUUUUUUUUUUGAAAAAAGAGGAAGAAAAACGGAGAGAAAAGGCAGGAAAACUUAAAUGACCUUAAAGCACAUUACAAGAGCAAGUUGGUGAAGAAACCAGAGUGAACCAGGACUCUGAUAAUGUUAAAACUUGCAUGGUACAUCACAGUUAUAAAAUUUUCAUGCACCUGGUUGUCAUAUGAAGAUAGAUAAUAGGUGAUUGGAGUGAAAGAAUGAGGAACCUCAAAAAGGGGCCGGUUUUGGGAAGCUUUUCCGUAAUUGCCUAAAUUUCUUUGCCAAGUAUUUGAUCAAAAGUAAAUGUGGGGUAUGAGCCAAUUCCUUUCA